GUGGCGCACUCUCGCAACCUAGUGCCCCAGCUUCCGCAUCGCGUUUUGGCCGCGGUUCUCGCUGAAGCGGGCGGCGUGCGGUAGCGUGAAGCAGCCCCCGCGCGCCCCAGAACGCUGAAGCCAUUUCGGAGCUCGGGACUGGAAAUGGCAGAGCAACUUUCUCCAGGAAAGGCUACAGACCAGGUGUGCACCUUCCUGUUCAAAAAGCCUGGGCGCAAAGGGGCCGUAGGCCGCAGGAAGCGCCCGGUUUGCGAGCAAGAGCCCGAAGACAGCAGCAGCAGCAGCAGUGACGAAGGCAGCACUGUGGUUCGCCGCCAAAAGAAGCGGGCGACCCACAAUCCGAUGAUACAGAAGACUCGCGGCAGUGGUAAACAGAAGGUGGUUUACUGUGACUUGAGUAGCGAGGAUGAGGAAGAGGGGAACGGGAACGAACCUGAGACGCUCCGUGUGGUCUACAAGUCCACCCGCUCGGCGAAACCCGUGGGUCCAGAGGAUAUGGGGGCGACUGCUGUCUACGAGCUAGACACAGAAAAGGAGCGUGACGCACAAGCCAUCUUUGAGCGCAGCCAGAAGAUUCAGGAGGAGCUGAGAGGCAAGGAAGAUGACAAGAUCUAUCGGGGGAUCAAUAACUAUCAGAAAUACAUGAAGCCUAAGGAUACGUCUAUGGGCAAUGCUUCCUCCGGAAUGGUGCGGAAGGGCCCCAUCCGAGCUCCCGAGCACUUACGUGCCACCGUGCGCUGGGAUUACCAGCCCGACAUUUGUAAGGACUACAAAGAGACUGGCUUUUGUGGCUUCGGAGACAGCUGCAAAUUCCUCCAUGACCGAUCAGAUUACAAGCAUGGGUGGCAGAUCGAACGUGAGCUUGAUGAGGGUCGCUAUGGUGUCUAUGAGGACGAAAACUAUGAAGUGGGAAGCGAUAGUGAGGAAAUGCCAUUCAAGUGUUUCAUCUGUCGUCAGACCUUCCAAAACCCAGUUGUCACCAAGUGCAGGCAUUAUUUCUGCGAGAGUUGUGCACUGCAGCAUUUCCGCACCACCCCGCGCUGCUAUGUCUGUGACCAGCAGACCAACGGUGUGUUCAAUCCAGCAAAAGAAUUGAUUGCUAAACUGAAUAAGCAUCAGGCUGCAGAAGAGGAUGGGAAAGUGACAAAGGAAAAGGCAGAUGAUGAAGUAGGUUCCUGGAUAGAUGGCUUGUGAAAGCAACAAGAAAUCUGUAAGCAGAAAAGACCACCUGGUGUCAGGAAGAUCAUGGACAGGAUGCCAUCAAGAACUAAAAUGAGAUUAAGAAAAUUGCUGAAGCUUGCACAAGAACUGACCAAUCAACACAGCCCAUGACCCUGAACCCCUUAGUCAGGCUUACUCAUGAUAUUUUACCUUUAAAACUCCCCAUUUGUAAGCCAUCAGUGAUCUGGGUUUUUAAGUGAUAGCUUCCAGUUCUCUUUGUGUGGUGCCCUAAUUCCUCCAAUAAAGCUACCCUAAUUC